AUGCGAUGUUCUUUUGAAACUACUUGCAUAUCUUCUUGCAACAAUUCGAGUCCCAAGAAUUUUAUUAAAUACGAAAGUGAUGAAACUUUGGAUAUCAAGGAAGAAAUCCUCCUAGAUCAAGAAGCAGUCAAAGACCAGACAAAUGCAUUUUUCCUGUUAAGAGCAAACUGCAAUUUCGAAAGGAGAGAAUUCAGGAAUCUAAACUGGAAAAGAACUACAGAGAUUUCAGUGCGUGGAUACCUUUCGAAUCAUCAGAGGGAACAUCACAAUUCAAUAUUUGAAAAUAUUUAUAAGCCCUUUACUUGCAAAAUUGAAUAUAGCAAUGAUGAAACUUUGGAAAUCAAGGAAGAAAUUAUCGAAGAUCAAGAGCCGUCUAGAGGUCCAAGAAAUGAUGUAAAAUAUGACUCGAAAUGUUUUACUGUGGAUAUAAGUGAAACUGAUAUUUUUGGUUCGAAGAAAAGACAGCGGAAAAAUAAAAAGCAGAAAAGUCAGGAAUCAGAACCGGGAAAGAAAUACACAUGUCAAAAGUGUGCGCGAAGCUAUAAAAGGAAAGGACAUUUAACUUGUCAUACAAAAUUCGAAUGUGGCGUCAUGCCACAGUUCAAAUGUCAUUUCUGCGAGAAGCGAUUUAAAGUAAAACAUCACAUGACGAGACAUAUAGAGCUGGUGCAUCGAAAGUCAAAUUCAAAUAUUUCGGUACUGACGCAUAAAUGCAACAAAUGUUCACGAAAUUAUCGUUCGUUAAGUGGCUUAAACAGGCAUAACCGUGUAGAACAUGCAGAAGUCAAAAUGCAAUUUACUUGCGAUAUUUGUGGCGGAAAAAUGAAAGCAAAGGCUAGCUUGUCCAAACAUAUUGUUACGCAACAUCCUAAUUCAUAAUUAUUAAUAUUUUUUCGUAUGGCAUAUUUUAAACCUGAUUUUAUUUUUUGUAAAAAUAACUGCAUAAUACUCAAUUUUACUUUUUAAGCGUUCCAAAAAGGUAAAUUCAUGAAUGAAUUUGCAUAUAAAUCAUUCGCAUCUGAGAACACACGCAAAAAAUGAGUAUCAACCCGAAUGCGACAAAUUGUUAGAUUUAACAUUUGUUACAAAUUCCUUGAAGUUUAUUAGCAAUUUUUGAUACUUCAUCAACUACUAAAGAAAGUGAAAAAUAAUAACGCUACAGAAAUCCUGUAUACAAUUAUCAAUAAUGUCUUACGGAUCUACUACAUGCUAUAUUUUUAUAUUAUCCACAUUAUUUUUACGGAUACAUUGUAGAAAG